AUGGCGUCUGCGAUAUUUUUCCUGGACCUGAAGGGCAAGACCCUUCUUGCCCGCAACUAUAGAGGAGAUAUUCCCAUGUCCGCAGUCGAGAAAUUUCCUAUCCUCCUUAGCGAAGCAGAGGAAGAGAGCUCUGCUGUUCCUCCAUGCUUUUCUGAUGAAGGCAUAAACUAUCUUUAUAUCCGCCAUAGCAACCUUUACGUCCUCGCGUUAACGAAACGGAAUACAAAUGCAGCAGAAAUCUUGCUUUUCCUACACAAGAUCGUCGAGGUCUUCACCGAAUACUUCAAGGAGCUGGAGGAAGAGAGUAUCAGAGAUAACUUUGUUAUCAUUUAUGAAUUGCUCGACGAGAUGAUGGACUUCGGCUACCCGCAAACUACAGAGUCUAAAAUAUUGCAAGAGUACAUAACGCAAGAAUCACAUAAACUUGAGAUACAAGCACGGCCUCCGAUCGCUGUUACGAAUGCCGUGUCAUGGAGAAGUGAAGGAAUCCGAUACCGCAAGAAUGAAGUGUUCCUGGACGUGGUGGAAUCCUUGAACCUUCUUGUAUCCGCCAAUGGCAACGUUCUCCGAUCCGAAAUUCUGGGGGCCAUCAAAAUGAAGUGCUAUUUAAGUGGUAUGCCAGAAUUGAGACUAGGUUUGAACGAUAAAGCAAUGUUUGAAACAACAGGCAGGGCAACGAGGGGUAAGGCUGUUGAAAUGGAGGACGUAAAGUUCCAUCAAUGCGUUCGAUUAUCGCGGUUUGAGAACGACCGGACCAUCAGCUUUAUUCCUCCCGACGGAGAAUUUGAACUUAUGAGUUAUCGUUUAAAUACUCAAGUGAAGCCUCUCAUUUGGGUUGAAUGUGUGGUGGAGUCUCAUUCAGGUUCACGCAUUGAAUACAUGCUUAAGGCCAAAGCCCAGUUCAAACGUCGGAGUACCGCGAACAAUGUUGAUAUUUUAGUCCCCGUUCCAGAAGACGCUGAUUCUCCGCGAUUCCGAACUAACAUCGGUUCUGUCCACUACGCACCAGAGAAAUCUGCAAUAAUAUGGAAGAUCAAACAAUUUGGUGGAGGAAAAGAAUUUCUGAUGCGUGCUGAGCUAGGAUUACCGUCAGUGAAAGGCGACGAUGAACAUGGAGGCGGUAUGACAGGUGGAUUUGGAGGUAGUAUGGGAGGAGCUGGACAGACUGGGAAAGGCAAACGUCCCAUCAAUGUCAAAUUUGAAAUUCCAUAUUUCACCACCAGUGGAAUCCAAGUCCGUUACCUGAAGAUCAUUGAACCUAAGCUCCAAUACCCAUCGCUCCCAUGGGUACGAUACAUCACACAAUCAGGCGAUAUUGCGGUCCGCCUUCCUGACGUGCAAUGA